AUGCCAAAGAAUAAGGGAAAGGGGGGUAAAAAUCGGCGACGGGGUAAGAAUGAAAAUGAGGGCCAAAAACGGGCCUUAAUUUAUCGCGAGGAAGGUCAACAAUACGCAAAGGUUGAGCGUCUUCUUGGCAACGGACGCCUUGAAGCUUAUUGCUUUGACGGGGUUAAGCGGUUAUGCCAUAUUCGGGGGAAAAUGCGCAAGAAGGUUUGGAUCAACAGUGGUGACAUUAUUCUCGUCAGUCUUCGUGAUUAUCAAGAUCAAAAGGCUGACGUUAUUCUCAAAUACCUAAACGAUGAAGCCCGGACAUUGAAGUCUAUUGGCGAGAUUCCAGACACAGUGAAUCUGGACGAGAACGACGAUAUCGAGUUCGAUGCUAACGCAGCAAUGCCAGAUGAUGAUUUGGUUGUCAGAAACUCCAAUUCAGACAUGCCCCCGUCGUCGUCGGAGGAGGAAUCUUCGGAAGAUGAGGAGGAUGAUGACGAGGAGGAAGAUGGUGACGAAGGUGCUCCCUUCGGUUCUCACGUCCAUUAUAAGGGUGAAUUUGCUGGUAGCACCAAUCGGUGGGAUAACAAGAAGUCCCACAAGAGGAAAUAG